GACGAACAUCCCAGUCAAACAUUUGAAGCUCUGCUCGUCUGUGAAGUGACUCAAAGUCCCCCAAUGGACGUUUCUCUGAUGCCAAAUGUAAUUUACCUUCCUGGCUUGGACAUCGUGAGCGUCUCUUGAUCGAAGGAUGGGGAAAUGUCACUCCAAACAUGCUCCGAAACGCAGACAGAGUCCAGAAGGUGUUAGUUUGGCUUCCAGUGUGCUGACCUGUCAGAGGGAGCUGGAGCGCAGCCACAUCCACAAAACCAGACUGACAGAGAACUUGUACGUAGAGUUGAGGGAAAACAAGUCUGACCAUAACGGCAACCUCAAGGUGGUUCUGCCACCAGAGAAGAUACCUGACAGAAAGAACAGCUUCAGCUUCCAGAUCAGGAAACAACCAAAGAAGAGGAAUGACCACGCUGCUGACACAGAGGUGGUGCUGGAGGAUGAAUCUCGGCAGGAGUGGGUCUUCACAUUGUACAACUUUGACAACACCGGCAAAGUCACAAAGGAGGACAUGUCCAGUCUCAUACACUCCAUGUACGAGGUUCUAGAGGCAUCAGUGAAGCAGCCUUACGGUGGCACCAGACCCCUGAAGAUCAAGCUGGUUGUGUCUCCUUCAGCUUGCUCAACUGCAGAGAAAGACCAGAGUGAAUCACAGGAGGGAAGAGGCCCGCUAAGAAGGAUCUAUUGCGCGGAUGAAAACAUAGAACGCAGAAAACACUACAUGGAUCUGGCUGGCAUUGAAAACUACACCUCCAAGUUUGACAACACAGAGCUGCCCUCUGCAGAGACCAGCCAGGCUCUUCAGCAUCACCUAGGGGCUUUCAGGGACAACUGCACGUCCCCUCUCUCUCCUCGAGGCCUCUCCAUUGUUCACUCCUUGAAAAGCAAAGCCAUGCCGGCGGGGAGAGAAAAGAGCAGAGUGGAGGGAAGGCCCUGCAGGUUACAUGGCCAACACUCUGCUUCAGAGUGCCAUCCUAGCCAGACUCCAGCCUCACACAGUUCACACAGCAGGAGGCUUCACUCCAAGGCACAAGGAGCUGCCUCACCCCUCAGACACCCUGGCUUCAAGGCUCAGCCAGCACGAGAAGUGUUUUCUAAUCUUCAGCCUUCCUGCGGGGUCCCUCUGGCCCAGAGACACGAGCACCAUCACCACCACGAGCAUCACCAUCAUCACCACCACUAUCACCCCUCCUAACUGCAUAUUACACAUAUAAGAGACAGCGA